CUACGCAUACAUUGCAGCAAAAUUUAGUGAACUUCUGCUGUGACUUGUAGUGAAUUGGAAAAUUAUUAUCAUCGAAAGAAAAGUGUAGAAUUUAUUCAGUAAUUUGUGUGCGGGUGCAAGACGGAACCAUAACGCGGAUAAGGAAAAAGCAUCGUAAAAAAUGGCGUUGAAAGUGCUGGUUGGGCAAAAGAUUAUGAAUGAGGUGGUGAAGUAUAAGCCUCCACCACCAAAGAAGGCUGGAGCUGUAGCUGCUGCAAAAGCCCCAGGUGGCAUGGAAUGGCGUGUGUUGGUGGUCGAUAAGUUGGGUAUGCGUAUGGUGUCUGCAUGCACUAAAAUGCAUGAAAUAAGCGCCGAGGGUAUUACCUUGGUGGAGGAUAUCAACAAAAAGCGUGAACCGCUUCCAACCAUGGAUGCCAUCUACUUGAUUACGCCGUCGGAUGAGUCGGUGCGCGCAUUAAUACGCGAUUUCGAGAAUCCGGCUAGACCAAUGUAUCGUUAUGCGCACGUCUUCUUCACUGAGGCAAUACCUGAAGACAUAUUCCAUAUGUUGCAAAUACGCAGCGACAUUACGCGCAAAUAUAUACGCACAUGCAAAGAAAUAAAUAUUGCAUUUUUAGCCUAUGAAGACAAGGUCUACUCGCUCGAUUCGCCAGACACCUUUCAGUGUCUGUAUUCGCCAGCGUUUGCUUCGAUACGCGCCAAGCACAUCGAUCGCAUCGCCGAGCAAAUCGCGACUUUGUGUGCCACACUCGGCGAGUAUCCGAUGGUGCGAUAUCGCACUGACUGGGAUCGCAACAUAGAUUUGGCUGCUGCGGUGCAGCAGAAGUUGGACGCCUAUAAGGCGGAUGAGCCCACAAUGGGUGAGGGUCCGGAGAAGUCACGUUCGCAAUUGCUAAUAUUGGAUCGUGGUUUCGAUUGUGUCUCGCCAUUGUUGCACGAAUUAACGCUGCAAGCGAUGGCCUACGAUCUGUUGCCGAUCGUCAACGAUGUCUAUCGUUAUACACCCGGUCCGAAUCAACCCGAAAAGGAGGUGCUACUCGAUGAGAACGACGACUUGUGGGUGGAAUUGCGGCAUGAGCAUAUCGCUGUGGUGUCCACGCAGGUGACACAGAACCUGAAGAAGUUCACCGAAUCGAAACGCAUGACAUCGACCGAUAAAGCUUCCAUGCGCGAUUUGUCGCAAAUGAUCAAGAAAAUGCCUCAGUAUCAAAAGGAGUUGUCCAAAUAUUCAACACAUUUGCACUUGGCUGAGGAUUGCAUGAAGACUUAUCAGAGCUACGCCGAUAAGUUAUGUCGCGUUGAACAGGAUCUAGCUAUGGGCACCGAUGCCGAGGGUGAAAAGAUCAAGGAUCAUAUGCGCAAUAUUGUGCCCAUUCUUCUCAAUGCGGAUGUUUCCAACUUCGAUAAAGUACGCAUAAUCGCGCUCUAUGUUAUGAUCAAGAACGGCAUAUCUGAGGAAAAUCUAACCAAACUCUUCACGCACGCCUCACUCUCGCCGAAAGAUCAAGAUAUGGUGCGCAAUUUGAGCUUUUUGGGCGUGAAUGUGAUUGCCGAUUCACGCAAGAAAGUCUACAACGUUCCACGUAAAGAGCGUAUCACCGAACACACUUAUCAAAUGUCCCGUUGGACACCAGUCGUGAAGGAUAUUAUGGAGGAUUGCAUUGAAGAUAAGUUGGAUCAGCGUCAUUUCGCUUUUCUGGCUGGACGUGCGCAGAAUACCAACUAUCAUGCGCCAACAAGCGCACGCUAUGGCCACUGGCAUAAAGACAAGGCACAGACUCAGGUGAAGAAUGUACCACGUCUCAUUGUAUUCAUUGUGGGCGGUGUUAGUAUGUCCGAGAUGCGUUGCGCUUAUGAAGUCACCAAUGCCGUUAAGAAUUGGGAAGUGCUCGUCGGUUCGUCGCAUAUACUAACGCCCGAAGGUUUCCUUAGCGACUUGGGCAGUCUCUCCAAAGAGGAUUAAGCAGCUACAGCGCAGGCUCGAUAUAUAAUUAACUAAAAAUUUAUUAAUUUAAAGGUAAAGUUUAAUACUUAAUUUAAAAGCAAAAACAACUAACACAUUUAUGUAGUUUAAAUAUGUAUCCUACUAAAUAUUGAAAUCAGGUAUUGAAAGGAAGCGUACUUCAAUGUACAAGGUUAUGUUUGUAGUUAUUAGUUUAACAAAUUUAACAAGCGUUGUUGGUAUUUUUGUGUAUUUGCUUUGUGAAAUGUAAAAGAAAUAUACAUAAUGGUAAUGCAAUAUUAUUGGAAAUAUGUUGUUAUUACAACUUAUUGUAUUUCUAAUGUGUAAUUGUUAGCAAUAUUUCGUUUUGUCUUUAGGUUAACUGUCCGCUAACGUGUUUACAUAGGUAUUAAUAACUGUAUUGAUGACACUGUAACAACUUGUAAACACGAUUACAUGGUGUAUGCACGUUACAACUUUUGGUUAAAAAAAGAGUUACGCACACACAUAUCCAUACAUACUUGUGUGUGCUGUGUUAUAUACAUAUAUCAUAUAAAUAUAUAAUGAAAUGCUAAAAACAACAAUAUGCGCAAGCAUAUCAAUAAGUUGCAAAGUAUUCACGUUGUUUAUUGAAUUGUAUUUAUGUCGCAUAUUUAAAUGGAAAAAUAUAAAUAUUUUAUGCAACUAUAAUUCCACUUCAGCUUAUAUAUCUUUAUAUAAUA